UUCAUCUCAUUGUCUGGCCAAACCAAAACUCUCUCCCUCUCUCUGUCUCUACACGUAUAUAUAUUGGAGUUUGAUUCUGCAGAAGCAUCAUGAGCUAUGUUUAUGCUAGAAGCUUGGGUUUUGGGGUGGAUCGGAUCUGAGUCGACGGCCGGAUAGCUUAGCUGCAGGGAGAGGACGAUAAAACCAUGAGGGGAUUUGAGAGGAGGGGCGUCCGGCAGUACAACCGGUCGGAGGAGCCGCGGAUGCGGUGGACGGAGGAGCUUCACCGGCAGUUCAUCGAUGCCGUCGACUGCCUCGGUGGCCAGGACGAGGCAACACCAAAGCGAAUUCUUCAGCUCAUGGGCGUAAAGGGAGUCAGCAUAUCUCACAUCAAAAGCCAUCUCCAAAUGUACAGAUCAAGCUCUAGCGGCGGCAGCAGCAACCCACCCCAUACACCAGUGAAUCGUCGUCAAGAUCGCUGCUGCAUCGAUGGGAACAUCACGGCAACUUCGGCUUCAGACAUGAUCGACGUUCCCUCUUACCCUGUGUUUCGCCACGGCCACCAUUCGAUGUCACGGCCGUGCCAAAUACCGUCCAUCGAGGAGGUUUUCAGGACCUGGGAGCAGAGUAGAGGGCGGCUGCAAUGGGAUUCCUCCGGCAUGCUAAAUACCACAGAGAAGGAGAUUGGCUCGUCAUGUCACGCUGAUGGCAAGACGUGUCAGAAGAAGCAACAGGUGACGACGGGGUGUGACCUGACGCUAUCGAUCGGUCGAUGGGAGGAGGAAGAGGCGAGUAGUGACGCUGACAUCUCGAGCACGACCACCGAGGAGUCCGCUGUGCCGGCAAGGGGUCAAGGAGCCGGUGGCCACUGUCACCCCGAGGCUUCCGUCGAUCUAAAUCUUGACCUGAACCUCGACCUUGCAAUCUCAUCUUCUUGGCUCUGAUGUAUUUAUCCAUGAACCCCAUGUAAAUAUAUAGAGCUCCAUUUUUUUAUAGAGGUGCAUAGUAUGUAUUUAUCUAUUGAUGUAUGGUAGAUCUCAUAGAUAGUAGUAACGCGGGUUGCUUUAUGGCAGUUGGCUAAUCUUUUGAUCUAACUGAUGAACUGCCACACCUUUGCUCUCUGCCAACUCGAUAAGCAUACCGGACUUGCUAAU